AUGUUGUCUGAUUCACUCGACAAUGAGAAGCAAAAGACUGUCACCCUUCAGUCCGAAAUUGAGGACAUGAAGAAGAGAUACAAUGCCAAUGCUGCGCAUGCACGUGUGUUGGGUGAGCGCAUUGCUGAGCUAGAGAAGGAAAAGGAAGCUGUUGGCAACGAAGCCACAGAACUGAAGCAGGAGAAAAGGGGAUUGAUGGACACCAUUGAUGACUUUAAGAGCAGGAUGCUGGGAGCAUUUUCUAAGGCAGAGGAGAAGGAGGCUAAGGCUGAGGAAAAGGAUGUUGAGGUUGCCAAGAAAGAGCAGGAGCUUGAAACCACUGAGGAAAGCCUAGACGCUGAGGCCACGAGGGAGAAGGAGGCUGCUCUCUCCACUAAAGAUGAUGAUUUGAAGAGUCAUUAUGAUCGCCUCACAGAGUUGAGUACUAAACUUAAGAACCUGCGCAUCGAACGUGACGAGGCAGUAGAGAAGGCCGAGACCGAAGGACACAAGGUGAAGGCCUUGCAGGACAAAAUUUUGGACCUAGAGCAAGAAGUCGAGGCUAUGCACAUGAGAAACGGGGAGCUUGAGAACCAGCUUCGAAUGGUCGGGGUUCAAGUGGAGCAGCACAAAACCGCCAUCCAGGGCCAUGAGGAGGAAGCUAUCAAGAAGAGCGAGAAGGCAGCCCAAUUGCAGGAGCAGAUGAAGGAGACCAAGAAGGGUGUGAAAAGCGAAGAGAAACAGUUCGUGGAAAACGUGCAAGUGAAUGCAACAACUACAAAUAAUGCUUAA